AUGUUCCAUGUCUCUUCAAAAAAUCAAAAGGUCGAAACCGAUAGUCUCCCUAGCCCUGAAGUUUCCACUCCGCAAAACCACACCAAGAGAGAAUGGAGACUCAUGCCACCUUCACCAGAGAAGGAACUUCAGAAUAUGUCACCUGGAAUCAUGCCCGGCAGCUGGGAGGAUGAAAGCCCUAUCGAGCCUAUAGUCAAGACUCAUGAGUACUAUGAGCGGGAUAUUGAAACUCGAAAGGGCACGGCUCAACAUGUUCUAAUGGAAUUCGAUCAUUCUGGGAGAAGUCGCCAAUUUCCUCAGCAAUUCUGGCGAGGCUCAGCCACAGUUGGCUCACUUGGUUCACUCGUUGAUUUGAAUAUCGACCUUUCCACUCACCACACUAACAACAUUCAAGAGGAAAACCCUCAACUUCAUCGUCUUAUUGAAGAUCUCCUCCAAAGGCUAUCCGAACUCAAUGAGAACAAACAGAUUGCUGAGGAAAAGGCAGACAGGCUUUCAGAGAAAGUCAAGAGCAUGAAGGAGAGAUUGAGCUACCACAUGACAGUUGUUGAGCACUGUAAGACGCUGUCGAGCAAGGCUAAAGAGCUGGCCGAGGAGAACCAUGUACUCAAAGAACAACUCAACGAUGCGCAGUCCCACAUAUUCAGUCUCCAGCCCUACCGCAAAGAUCUGACACCCGAAGAGGUCGGGCAGGAUUACGAUGCUCUUGUUGAAAAAAUUCAGGACUGGGUCCAGAAGCUCAUGAACCCCUGGUUGGAGGACUGUGAAGACGGUGCUCAUGCUUUCUUAAACCACGUAAAGAGGCGCAUAACCGAUGCCAACAGAUUCAAGAGUGCUCUAAACAAAUACCCCGAUCUUAUGAAUGGCCUGAAUUUCCCCGAGACCGACGAGGACAUCGUUACAUCCUUGAUAAUGAGAUAUCUUCAUGCCAGGAUCUUUCAGUCUGUUCUCUACGGUGCCAUGCCACGUAGCCCUCAGUUGAGCCCAAGAGAGGUAUACCAUUUCACCGUGAGAACGUGGACUGCUGAAGCAUACAACAGCCUUCUCAGUUGUCCCCAGUUUAGACAAGUUCGGGAAAAACGAGCUGAUGAGAUGAUCGUAGAGCUUUCCAACAUCCUCGAGGUUUUCUCCAAGGGGGAGGAUCCUCACAGUUGCUACCAAGACCUUAUCGACCUUGCUGUGUAUCCCGCCAUUAAAUUAUACGAAAAACUGCAAGUCUCAACCAACCACUUCUAUCUAGACAUAAGCCCCUCCAUUGCCGGUGUUGAUGGAGAGCUCAACACAACGUCCAGGUUCAUUGAUUUACUCAUGAGGCUUGACUGCAAGAACGUCCUGCAGAAUAGGAAGAGGUUCAACCUGCAGAAGCUUGAUCCUCCACCUUCCGAGCAAGACUUGUACCACAACUGCACAAUACAGGUCGGACAACGAGAUGCCAUCAAGAAUUCUACCGUUGUUCGAAAGCAAAAGAUCUUGGUAGCUUGGGGUUCGGAGGAGCAGCGACGAGCUUACCAAGACAAUGGGUGUCGAACACUUAUUUCGCAUUUGUAUGCGUUGGAGUCCUCGGAAGAAAAUUGA